CAAAAGGUAUCCAGUUGACGAAACAGCAUGAUGCACACAGCCCGAACUCUCCGCGGCGUUGCCCGCGGCAGCUCCCUAACUCGAUGGAUUUCAACAGCGACACCUGCUAGCCCCCUUGUAAACAUUGAACGCCGUGAAGGAUAUGCCAUCGUCCGCUUGAGCCGUCCCCCCGUGAACUCCCUCAACCUUGAGAUGUUUCAAGCACUAGACAAAGCUGUGGAAGAGCUGGAAAAGGACAAGGCGAUCAAGGGGUUAAUUCUUGCGUCCGCGAACACCAAAAUCUUUUCUGGGGGACUCGACAUCACAGAGCUGUAUCAGCCCAAGAACCAUCGGUUGCGCGAAUUCUGGGGCUCGUUCCAGCGAUUUUACCUUCGUCUGUAUACGUCUCCAUUGGCCACAGUCGCGGCUGUCGAAGGGCAUGCUCCCGCAGGUGGAUGUUUCCUCGCCAUGUGUUGCGAUGCGCGCGUGAUGGCGAUCGGUAAACCCGUCAUGGGUCUGAACGAGACGAAGCUGGGCAUUGCCGCACCAUUCUGGAUGAAAGACGUCAUGUUGAACACAAUCGGGCACCGCGAAACCGAGAAAAUGCUCGGGCUCGGCAUGCAGGUAGACGCCAUCAACGCCAAGCGCAUCGGACUCGUGGACGAAGCCGUCGAGGUGGACCAAGUGCUCCCUGUGGCCGAGUCGAUUCUGCACCAAUGGCUUGCGAUCCCAGGUCGACGUUCAUUCCACUCUCAAUCCUCAUUUUGGAAUGAUGUAGGGCAUGCCCGAAAGGCCACCAAGCACCUCAUGCGUCAUGCAACCGCCGACCGGUUGCGAAGCGAUCUGAAGGGCGACGUGGACAACUUUGUCGACUUCAUCGAGACAGACCGCGUCCAGAACGCCCUCGGUGCGUACGUGGAAGCGCUCAAGAAGCCCAAAGCACCCAAGGCGUAGAUACAUAGGACGGUCGAUAAGUACAGCAGGGUUAGCCCACACCCUUCCAGGGAAGCGACGAAUCGAACUUCGUCUGUCCAGCAUUAGCUCGUACGCCGCCAUGCACUCGAGUGAAUUGAGGAUGACUGAAAUACAUAUGUAGGGAUAGACUGUACUCGCACAUUCAUUGGUGGAUAAUAUGUAAAAUCAGCGAAUAAAAACGAUCGUUUCAAAAGCAAC